AUGGAACAGAAUACAAAGUUAAAGAAAUAAACACACGCUCGAUUGAUAAAUGAUAGCGGAGCAAUGUAAGCACGAUCUAUAGAGCCACAAGGUAAAGCGGGAUCGCAUGGUCUAUUCAUCAGCUGAUGCGAAGAACCGGUUAUCGUGUUGUUUACAUCGUUUCAUAUGGCUUCUGAUAACGGACCCUGAUAUUCCACGCUGGUGCACGGUUAUAUAUUUAUGCAUUCGCGUAAUUCGCGGACGGAUCGAGAGCGAUUUUUAUAGAAUGGAAACGAGAUCUUGUCGGUGAUUUAUUUCGACGAUCACGAUUCAGGUUAUGUCAACCAUCGUCGUCGGUUCGACGACUGAAUCACCAAGGAUACUUAAGGGUACACGCGCUUUACCGGCUCGUGAAAGCUCUCAUAAUGAGAACCGGCGGUAUGCUGGAUGGCCGCGAGUUCGGGAAGCGCGUACGUCGUCUCUUGGACGGCAAUUACUCCUAUCGUAAGAUUCUGCUGAUUGUCCUGGUUUGCGGCGGCUUGCUGUUAUAUUUUGGUCCAUCCUUCGCGCAAUGGCUCUUUUCCACCGCUAGGGAACCCAUAGAAGCAUUUGAGGAUCACUGUAUAAACGAGAGGCUAGCCAGUUUUUAUUUUGAUGCUAUUGAAUAUAACGCAAAUAUUCUGCACAAUCCAUCUAAAAAGAAUGAAUAUUCUUAUCUGCCGUAUAUUGGCAAUGGUGUCUUUGGAGUUCCCGUUUCUCCAGAAGGCUGGCUGUAUAUUAAGCAUGGGAGAGCGCUUUUGCUGCCUGUACAGUGGCAACCAUUGAUCUCGCAUUCUAUACCCAAGGAUAGUUUUUAUCGAGAAGCUACCAUUGUUCAUUUUACAAACGGAAUUGUUUAUAAGUAUCAGUGCCUUAGAGAGGGAUAUCACAUAGACUUUCAGUAUUAUGCUCAUAGAGGUCUUGAGGGGAUUUUAGUGCAAUCUAUAAAAGUUUCCAAUCCAUUUUCGCUCUCUCAAGAGGUGCCAUUGAAGCCACAGGAAUCCACUCAUUGGAGUAAUUCCCACAUAGAGCCCAUCAAGAUUCAGGUAGAUGGGUUUAAUCACGAGUAUACUCUCGUGUCUGGAUUUGUACCAGUGCCCAAUUCCAACAAGAUAAUAGUCAUAUCGAUAAUUUACAAAGUUCCACCUAAAACGGUUCAAGUGAAAGCGCGCAGUUCCGUCAAAUUGGAAUUUUUAUCGAGCAUUCAAUACAGUGAGCCGAUAUCGUCCGAACAGUACCAUAUCGAACGCGAUGCCACCAAGAAGAAGGCGAUUGAUUUAAUGAAAAAGGCGGUUGCACGCCAGCAACGAAACUUGAGAGAAGAGCAUGUGAAUCUUUGGCAAAGUUAUUGGUAUACAAGCUUGAGGAUAAGUGACUCCAAGGCCGAUGGUGCUAUUAACGGCCACAAAAUAAAUUCUACCAUGUAUUAUGUACUAUCUCAGGUAUCGCGAAGUGCUCAAGAUGUGGAGAAAAAUGUUGCCAUGAACGAGGGCUGCUAUAGAGGUCAUCAUACCUUAGACGCUCCCCGCUUGUGGAAAGACACAUCUUCCAUCGAAGCUGUAAAUGAGAUAGUCGAGGCAUGGUUGAUAACUUUAGAAAAACAAGGCUGCCAUCAUUUAGUGACUGGUGGCCCAGCGGCUGUACAGCAAGCAAUCGUGCUGAGUCUCGGUAGUUUGAGAUUUAGUAAUCAACAUCUUGAAUUCAAUAUCGAUCCUCAGUAUCUUCAUCGCGACUACUUGUUUAAGCGCAUAAGUUAUGGCAAUUUAACGCAUGUGAAUAUAUCCGUAACAGUCGGUGAGGAUAAUCGUGCAAUAUUAGGAGUAGCUUUGGACAAAAGCGAUAGCGUUUAUUUUGGAUGUGAUGCUGGCUGUUUGGAUGCGCCAGUACCACUCGGUCAGACAUAUACAAACUUUCCUGUCAAGUUAACAAAACCACUAACCGCAAUACUUUAUAUAACAUCUGAUCACCAACAUAUGCAGGAUCUUCGCAAUGCUUUGCAUGUACACGAAGUGGAUGAUGCACCGGCACAUGAUCAUCAGGUGAUGGCUUUGCAUAAACACGGACAUCAACUUGGAGGUUUGCCCACUUUAUUCUGGGUGAGCAUAUGUUUUCUGAUAAUUGUGUUCCAUCUGUUUCUAUGUAAAUUAAUUUGUAACGAGUAUUAUAGCCAUCAGGAUCGGCAGAGAGUCCGAUAUAAUAAACCGUAAUAUAAUU